CACAUCAUAAAAAAUACUUCUACUACUGCACUAGGAAAGUACGAAGUACUUCUACUUAUCAAAUGUCAUCACACACCAUCGCAAAAUGCACCAUCACAAAGACUUCGAGGAACUAUUUCCGGAAAAUAUCUGAACGAACAAUCCAUCAAGCUGGAACUAGAUAAUUGACAAUGGCGACAAUAAGGACGACCGAUUUCUACUUAAAAUUUGCCAUCUCAUUCUUGGGAAUAAUCUUCCUUCGGCAUGAGGGACAUUCAUCGACCGCCGUUGACGCCUUUGUUGCUCUCGGCCGCCAUUCCAAUGGGCAUACAAAUAGAAGCCCAAAUACUAAUCUGUUUGCGGCUUUGCCUACAGGAUAUCGAGAGUUUGGUGAAAAUGCCAUUUUCCAAGCCGCUAAAGAGUGCGGAAUGAACUUUGAUGAAGAAAAUGGAAAUCGAUUGGAAAUUGAGUGGAAAGCCGGAACCAUCAUUGUAUCAGUGCACGGGGAAGUCUCGCUGCGGGAGGUAUCCGAAGAUGGCGAAUAUGCGGACGAAGAGGGGACGCCUUGUGAAGAUGAGGAAGAAGAAAUUGUAGAUACCAACAACGAAAUGGACGAAAAAUUCUCGCUGACUCUCUUGGCCCGGACGAUCAACCGAAUCCUUGACGACGACGGAACGGGUCUGUUGAUUGCCGAGGCCCACUCGAUCGAGGUCACCACGCCGGGGGUCUCCGACGUGCUGGUGCCUGGAACACCCCAAUUCGAAGCGUUCAUGGGAUUCGAAGUCAUUGUCGAGUUCAUGGAUUCUAAGAAAAAGAAGGUAAAAACCAUCGAGGGUCGCUUGUACGACUACAACGACGAUCAAACCGUAAUCAACAUAAAGGGUCGCAUGAAAAAACUGAAAAACGAGGCCGUCAUGUCAGUUCGAUUGCCUAAGGCGAAGAAAGAAAAAGGAGUCCGGUAGACAUAUUAUCAUUUGAAGAAAAUAAUGUUUAUGCGCUAGA